GGGCGGGAGGGCGGCGCGGUCGCGCUCUCCUCGAAGAAGGAGCCGGAGAAGAGGAAGAAGAAGAACAGAAAGAAAAAGGACUAUGUGAACGAAGACGUGAACGGGUUUGUGGCGCACCUGAAGCAGAGCUGGCGGCGUGGAGGGGAGGCCGAAGCAGGCAGGGGUGAGCUGGAGAAGGAGGUGGCGAUGGCCUUGAAGAAGGACAAGCGGCGGGGGGAUAGGAGGCUGAAGAGGCAAGAAAUGAAGAAAAAUGCUAUGGUAUGUUUCCACUGUAGAGAACCUGGCCAUGGUGUUGCCGAUUGUCCUGCGGUACUGGAAAGUCAGGAUAUGGGUACGGGAAUCUGUUACCGGUGUGGAUCCACAGAACAUGACAUCAGCAAAUGCAAAGCAAAAAUAGAUCCAGCAGUUGGGGCAUUUCCAUAUGCAAAAUGUUUCAUCUGUGGUGAGGUGGGGCAUCUAUCAAGGUCAUGUCCAGAUAAUCCCAAAGGAUUGUAUGCCGAAGGUGGCAGCUGCAGACUUUGUGGCUCUGUGGAGCACUUCAGAAAAGACUGUCCGGAAAAACAGAACUCAGAUCAGGUUACAGUUGGGCGAUGGGCCAUUGGAAUGAGUGCAGAUUAUGAAGAAAUAACAGAAACACCAAAGCUGCAAAAACCAAAAGUGAAAGUACCCAAAGUUGUUGCCUUUUGA